AUGGGAAGCAUACCUGUUAUAAUUAAACAUAUUGGUAGUGUGAACAACAUUGAACAACAAUAUGAAGAUUACAUCAGUGAUGCAAUAUUGUUGAGCAUAAACGCUUCAUACAACCAACUGCGCGAAGUACUAGCUUCGCACAUGGAUGUCAAUUUGACAUGCAAAAGCAUUCAAAUUGAAUAUCAGUUAACAGUUAUUGAAGGUUCACAUAUACGAAUGAAAAAGCAUGAAGAUAAUGAGUUUUUGUAUAUUUUUGUCGCACUAACUACAUUCAUACAAGGAUUCGAUCACUGUAGACCUGUAAUAGUUGUUGAUGCAAGUUAUCUUAGAGGACUGUACAGUGGCACAUUUGUAGCUGCAUGUACCAUGGAUAGAGCCAGCCAUAAAUUUUCAUUGGCAUAUAGAAUAGUAGAUUUUGAAAAUGAUGCAUCCUGGACAUGGUUUUUUCAGAAUCUAAAGGAAGCAUACGGUGAAAGAGAACAUAUGUGUGUAGUUUCCGAUCGUAACCCAAGCAUUAUAAAAGUUGUUGCUGGAGUGUACAAUAAUGUACCUCAUUACGCUUGUAUGUGGUAUCUAUGGGGUAAUGUGAAAAAAUUUUUUAGGAAGUCACAUGAUGCAUUGUCUGAAAUCUUUUAUACCAUGGCGAAAUCAUACUCAAAGUCUGAAUUUCAUAAUUUAAUGGAGAAAGUGGAGGCAGUUGAUGUUAGGGUGAAGAAUUACUUGGAGUUGGCGGGAUACGAUAAGUGGGCUAGGUCAUAUGCAACAGUUCAUAGGGGAUGGACCUUAACAUCAAAUAUUGCAGAGUUAAUUAAUGUUGCACUGAUAUCAGCUAGAGAACUUCCAAUAUAUGAUUUUUUAGAGGAAGUUAGAAUGAUGUUUGGUAGAUGGAACUGUGAAAACGGACAGGAGGCAUUGUACACGCGCACGGAUCUUAUUGGAAAAUUUCAAGCAAUUCUCCAACAAAAUGAAGCAGAGUUUACACGUAUGAAGGAGGCAUUGUACACACGCACGGAUCUUAUUGGAAAAUUUCAAGCAAUUCUCCAACAAAUGAAGCAGAGUUUACACGUUAUACCAGCGUCAGAGUACGUCUAUACUAUCCAUGAUAAGGAGAAACAUUUUAUAGUUUGUCUAAAGGAAAAAAAAUGUUCUUGUCAUGCAUUCCAAUUGGAUGAGAUACCACGUGUGCAUGCUUGUGCUGUAUUUGAUAGCAAGAAUCUUGAAAAAGGACCAUAUUGCUCUAAUCUACACAAGUCAAAAACUGUACUGAGAACAUAUGAUCUUCCUGUAUAUCAUCUACCACAUAAAGAUGACAGGGUGAUACCUCAGAAAAUUUUAGACGAAGUAGUUUUGCCCCCAAAAUACAAGUGGCCCCCUGGAAGACCUGCAAAGAAGGAGUGCGGUAAUCAGGAAGAGAUAUGUUUGGAAUGA